UUAGCCCAUCAAUGAAACCAGUUGAUAAAGCGUUAGGUCGCUGCGCACUUCUGUCGCUAUCAGUUUGGUAGUGUACAAUCACGAAGUUUUUUUGUUAUUAAAUAUAUCUGCUCCAGAAAGUGUUUGUGUGAUGAUAACAUUUGAACAACUUAACAGACUGUACGAAUUAGAUUGCGUUCAGUUAUCUCGCAGAGACCGGCAGUGUAGACAAGCUUGUUAAUAAGUCUAGUAAAAAAGUUCUCUUGCUGAGUAAAUAUCUUCAUCGACGCUUUUGUUUACGUUUUCGUUUCUCUUUUCUGUUUGAAAUCCACGUCAAGAUGAGCGUUGGUGAUGACACCUAUGUGAAUGUGCUCGAAACACCCACUGACUGCGAUAGGGUGUCUCAGCUGAAAGCAUAUUUUGUGAAUGAAUUUAAUCGACAUCCACAGUUUAUUGUGCGUUGUAGUGGAAGAGUGAAUAUAAUUGGUGAACAUGUGGAUUAUUGUGGUUACCCGGUGUUACCGAUGGCCGUAGAACAAACAAUUCUCGUUGCAGUUGCUCCAUCCGAAGAUAAUUUAAUCCAUCUGAAGAACAUCGAUUCAAAGUACAAACCUUUCAAGUGCAAUGUAAACACAUUUACAAUCGACCCAUGUGGGGGUCCCGAGUGGUACAAAUAUUUUUUAUGUGGAAUUAAGGGAAUUCUAGAAUACAAAAGACCCUCCAAUGCGAAAGGAAUGUUAAUCGUACUAUCUGGAAACAUCCCUCCGGCAUCCGGUUUAUCAAGCUCCAGUGCAAUCGUUAGUGCCUCUGUACUGUGUUCAGCUUAUCUUCAUAAUGUACCAUUAGAGAAACAAACUUUAGCAACAAUAUCCGCUGACUGUGAGCGUUACAUUGGGACACAGGGUGGCGGAAUGGAUCAAGCAAUUGCCUACCUGGCUAGAAAAGGUUGUGCGCAGUUCAUAGAAUGGAACCCUUUAAGAGCAACUUCAGUUAAUCUUCCAAAAAAUGCGGUUUUCGUUAUCGCCAAUAGUCUAACAGAAGCUAACAAAGCUGCUACUUCUGACUUCAAUCAACGGGUUGUUGAAUGCAAAUUGGCCUGUCGAUUUCUAGCUAAACAAAUGCAGCUCGAAUGGCGCCAGAUUAGUCGCUUCGCCGAUCUUCAACAAGCUCUCAGUUAUUCGCUGGAAGAAAUGGAAACUCUAGUAAAGAACUACUUGACACAAAUAGCUUACAGUAAGGCAGACCUGCUGGAAAUAUUUGAAAUCGAGCACGAUGAUUUUGUAGAAAACUUACUGACCGCUAAUACGAAGACUGCUCAGAUUUUCAAACUAAAACAAAGAGCGCUACAUGUAUUGCAAGAGUCGAUGCGCGUCCACAUGUUUAUCGAGGUUGCUCAGCAGCAAUCAGAAGGAGCGAUUCAAGCAAUGAAGCGACUAAUGAGAGAGUCCCACGAAAGUCUGAAAACGUUGUAUGAAUGUUCUCACCCCAAUUUAGAUAAACUAGUUCAACUGUCCGACGCUUUAGGCAUUGGUGCAAGACUUACAGGAGCAGGCUGGGGAGGCUGUAUAGUAGCAUUAUGCGAUGGAACUGACGAAAGCUUGCAUUAUAUAAAAUGUUUGAGUCAGAGGUACUACGCUAAUCUUCCUCAGGCGAAAGGUAGGAACUUGGAGGAGCUCGUUUUUGCAACGAGCCCACAAAAAGGAGCCGAAAUAUAUAUUUUGGAAGGUAGAAACAAUGUAAUAGAACAAAUUAGUCUUUAGAACUACAAUCCUACUAGUUACCAAUAUUAUGACCAACAAGCAACCACUAAUUUAAUAAAACCAUCUAUAUCUAACUGUGUAUUUUAUACGUUGCAAUUUUCCUACUUUGUGCCAGAGCUUAAUAGCUGUCGUAUUAUUUACUUCUAAGCUUUCAAAUUGUUUUCUACAAACCAAAUAAAGAAAUAGAAACC